CAUGAUGUGUGAGUGUGUGUGUGUGUGUGUGUGUGUGUUUUAAAGACCGAGUGUAAGACUGCAUUUCCACCACACACAGUGUCUCUGCUUAUGGACAUUAGUUAUUAAAAAUGCAGGUGUGUUGUUAUCUUCUCCUUCUUCUUCACAUCACUGAAGGCUGCAGGCUGAAAGGAAAUGGAGAGACAGAAGAGAUCACUGCAUACACAGGAGUCUCAGUACUGCUGCCCUGCUCCUGCAUUGACCUCCACAGCAAACCUGAGACAUUCACAUGGAUGAAAACCAAAAAUGAAUAUAACUGGGUACAGAUAUCUCCUGAGAGUGAUCAGUACAAAGAGAGAUUUCAGCUGGUUAAUGAUCACUCUUCAGGAAAUCUCUCUCUGCUCAUAUCACACCUGACUGAAGAGGAUGGAGGACGUUACAGGUGUAGUGUUGAAGGGGCUGAAUACAGAUACAUCAGACUCACUGUUAAAGGUUGCACAUUGAAUCAACAGACAGUGGAUGUGACUGGAAACGUGGGACAGUCUGUCCUUCUGCCCUGCUCCUGCUCUGAACUACAAGCCAAACCACACACCUGGAGAUUUUUAAAAGAAUUUUAUACUGAAAUCUUCCCAAAGGACCAGACAAAUCGCUACACAGGCAGAGUUCAGCUCUUUAUUGAUCAUCCUCCAGGAAAUCUCUCUCUACUCAUAUCACACCUGACUGUAGAGGAUGGAGGAUGGUACAGGUGUGAGAUCAGCAACGAAAUCAGUAAAGACAUUCGACUCACAGUAAAAGACAUCAUAACUACUAAACCAACCCUGGAGGCCCGUGACAAAAAAAUUGGUGAUGAAAUAUUAAAAGAAGAUUCUAGUCAAUCAGAUUCCAUUGAAAACCCAACUGCUAACCACCAGAUCAUCAUCAUCAGCUCUAGUGUUGCUGGAGUUCUGCUGCUGCUGCUGAUACUCGGAGGAUUCAUCUACUGGAAACACAGAGGACAGAAACGAGGACAGACCCAGAGUAGUGAUGGACAAACAGGACAGAAGACACAGCAGGAGAAGCAGGAGCUUAAUGAACCUCUGAACUUAACCGUAACUUCAGAGCCCACUUAUGAAGCAGUAGACAAACAGAAUGAUUCUAGUGUUCUGUAUGCAGUUAUAAAUCCACAAACUAAACUCAAGAAAGCAGAAGUAAAGGAUGAUGUGACGUACUCCUCUGUAGUCCACAGUAACACUGUGAGAGCGGCACACACUCCAGUGGAAUCAGGAGAUACUACAGUAUAUGCUAGCAUUAAAACUAACUAACUAACACACACACGCGCUAUUACAUCUGUGAGGUUUUUCCAUUGCCUUGUGUGUUACAAAUGUGUGUUCGCUAAAUAAUAUAACCCUUUUAUCUCAAAAUGUCUUGAAAAAAGUUUUAAAUGAUAUAAAAUAAUAUUUUUGUAACCACAUUAUUUUGUACUAACAUUAAUGAAUUAUGAAAAUU